GCGGGAUCUCUGCUGUCUAUGGUCAGUGUUGUGUUGGCAGUGAUCGAAGAAACAUCUUAAGAAAAGUCGACCCUGUCACUCAAGACGCUAAUUGAGAAGACUAUAUAGCCAUGAAGGCAGUAGCUAUCCUCCCCUUUUUGGUUGCAGCGGCAUUUGCUGCUCCACAGUACGGUCCUGCUCCACAGACUGUUGAGGCUUCUCAACAAGUUUCCUUUGACCAAUGGGCAUCCUUGAAUCCAGUCGAGCUUACUGCUACCCAGUAUGAACCUGCUGCUCCUCAGUUUGUUGAGGUGGCUCCACAAAUCUCGUCUCAACAAUGGGGGACACAAAAUAACGGACUCCAGACUGAACAAAGACCUCAAAUUGAAGAAAUCCAAAGACAAUGGGAAAAAUUCAUCGAGUACUUGCCUUGGCUCAAGGGACCAGCAGGCCCACCUGGCCCACCAGGAUUUCCUGGUUCAGAUGGAGGUGCUAUUGGAGGAGGAUUCGGACAGUCACAACAGAGCACAAUAGUCGGACCACCAGGACCACCUGGCGCCCCUGGACCUGUUGGACCGAAGGGAGAAACUGGAAAUGCUGGAAAUCCAGGAACACCUGGAGGACCCGGACCUGUUGGCCCUGCUGGACUCAAUGGUGGACCUGGUGGACCUGGACCAGCAGGCGAACGUGGCUCUAAUGGAGCUCCCGGCGCUCCUGGCGGACCUGGUUUCCCUGGAGCAAAGGGAGAAGCUGGAUUUAACGGAGCACCUGGUCUCAAUGGAGGUCCAGGAUCCCCUGGCAGAGACGGCUUCAAUGGAUCACCUGGAUUAGCUGGACCCAAGGGUCAACCUGGCUCACCCGGAGUAACUUUGCCCUCAAAUCAACCUGGACCUGCCGGGUCUCCUGGCUUCCCUGGUAAAGAUGGAGCUCCAGGUUUCCCUGGCGGACCUGGACCUGUCGGCCCGGUUGGACCUCAAGGACCAGUUGGCCCAGUUGGCAGACCUGGUGGAAAUGGUUUCCCGGGAGGACCUGGCCCUAAAGGAGAAGCUGGAACUCCUGGUUUCCCGGGUGGACCUGGCAGAGAUGGACAACCCGGUGCUCCAAGCAGGCAACCUGGACCAGUUGGACCCCAAGGACCUGCUGGUUCCCCUGGCUUCAAUGGCGCGCCCGGAAAAGAUGGUUUCCCUGGCGGGCCAGGAGCUCCAGGCAAAGACGGACUACCAGGCGGACCAGGUUUCCCAGGCGGUCCCGGACAACCAGGCAGACCCGGUAAAGAUGGACUUAACGGAGGCCCCGGCGCUCCUGGCUUCCCAGGCGGACCUGGACCAGUUGGACCUCAAGGCAAACCCGGUGCUCCAGGUUUCAAUGGCGGACCUGGACCAGCUGGACCCGUUGGACCGAUCGGUGGCCCCGGACCUCAAGGUAAACCAGGUUCACCUGGCUUCCCGGGUGGACCAGGACAACAAGGGCCACAAGGAGGACUCGGACCACAAGGGGGUCCAGGUAGUCCAGGUCAAAAUGGAGCACCAGGUGGCCCUGGACCAGUUGGUCUUCCUGGACAACCCGGUGCAGCUGGCAGUAUAAGCACAAUUUCAGCUCCAGCUUACCCAACCCAAUCAGUCGAGCAACCUUCUCAUCACGCUGUAUUUGAGGAACCUUCCCCAUUCCAUACCCCAUCACAAUCGUCUUGGUCAGCUCCCAUUCAGUCUACGUGGACACCUUCAGCCGAGUCCUCAUUCCAGCCACUUCAGUCCGCCUACGGACGAUAGAUUUUCUCAGAUUCUACUUUAGGUGAUCAUCAACAUUAAAAAGAAAACUAUAUUUCUAAACGCUAUACAUUUUUCACCCUCGUCAUCGCAAAGCGAUGGCAAUUUCAUAUUCACUUCACUUGCAACAGUUGGUUGAUGUAAACUGAAAGAUUUUAAUUGCUUUAAAUACAAAAUGCACAUUCUUAACGAA